AUGAAGUGGAUUACUGUAGCUGUAGCACUUGCUGUUAUCAAUACGGCGACAUGUGGACACGACAUCCAUAAGCAUUUCAUGGCAUGGAUGAAGCAACAUUAUACACCAGAAGAAGUCAAAGCUUUCGUUAGAGACGAUCUGACGACUGGAAGUAUCGGUGGAGGUCUUUUAACAAAAGGGACAAAUGAUCGACCAGUUGUGUUUGUUCAUGGAUUGAAUAAUGAAGCUGGAAACCUCUGGAAAGUUGCCCGUGUCUUCGCUGCACAUGGAUUCCCAACUCAAUAUAUGUUUGCAACAACAUGGGGAAGAGGACUUGAACCGACAAACUUCAAUGUUGGCAUGUCUUGUGCUCAUGUCAGACACAUACGCAGGUUCAUUGAAAUGGUUCUCAAGUACACUGGAGCAAAACAAAUCGACGUUAUCGGAUAUUCAAUGGGAUCUCCAAUUGCCAGAAAAGCUAUUCUGGGAGGAAAAUGUGUUGACGAUGCUAAUGUCGCAUUGGGACCAUCAUUGCAAUCCAGAAUCCAUACCUACAUUUCCGUAGCUGGUGCGAAUCAAGGAUCAUAUCUCUGCGGGCUUCCGUUCUUCGAAAUUUGCAAUGCCAAUACUGGAUUGUCUUGUAAUUCGAAAUUCUUGGCUGAUAUCAACUGGUUCAAAAACUAUGAAUCCUCCUACAAGAGUUUCAAUCUUGCUUCGUCUGGAGAUUCUGUUGUUGGUUAUAUGGCAUGUGGAAAGAAAGCAUCUGAAUUCCCAGGAGGACAUGAAUGGAAGGUCGAGGGUUUGAAUCACGAACAGACUGAGUUUGACACCGCCGAAAUUCAAUUGAAAAUGUUGAGAGAAUCAACUGAUGGAAAAUCGAAGAGCAGACCAGCCGGAAAGAAUUCCUUCGCUGAAGUAAAAAAAUAUUUGAACACAAAGAGAAGAGAUGUUAGACCUCCGAUCCCAGAGAAACCAGUUCCAAAGAAGGCCGCAGCAAAAAAGGCUGCUCCAAAGAAAGCUGCUCCAAAGAAGGCCUCUCCACCAAAGAAGGCUCCAACCAAGAAAGCCGCACCAGCCAAGAGAGCAGCACCAAAGAAAGCUGCUCCUCCAAAGAAAAACCAAAAACCAGCCAGUCACUAA